GCAAGCAGAAAAGCUUUGACGUGGGCUGUUUUCUUCUUGCCCCGACUUUCCACUGUUUAUCUAUUGUACACUGUCAAAACAAAGGAAAUCACAAAACAAAAGUGUCAAAAUGUUCGCCACUUGCUGCAGGACUCUGAAGAGCAACAACGCCAACUUCACCGCGAUUCUGCAACGUUUCGAGUCGACCCUCGUAAUCGCCGAGCACAACAACGAGGUCGUCCUCCCGAUAACCCAGAACGCCCUGACCGCCGCCAAGAAGAUCGGAGGAGACAUCACCGUCCUCGUCGCUGGCACCAAGUGCGGCCCCGUGUCCGAACAACUGAGCAAGGCCAAGGACGUCGCCAGAGUCCUCAUAGCUGAGGGCGAUGCCUUCCACGGCUUCAUUCCUGAGGCUUUCACGCCGCUUAUCGUCGCCGCACAAAAGCAGCACAACUUCAGUCACAUUUUCGCUGGUGCCAGCGCAUUUGGCAAGGCGCUUUUGCCCAGGGUUGCAGCAACUCUUGAUGUAUCACCAACGAGCGACAUUAUUGGCAUAAAAUCUGCCGACACUUUCAUCAGGACCAUAUAUGCUGGAAAUGCGAUCCAGACUAUUCAGCUCCAGGACAAAAUUAAAGUAGUGACUGUCAGAGGUACAGCUUUUGAGGCUGCUCCUCUAGAGGGAGGCAGUGCCAAGAUCGAGCAAGCCCCAGCUGGAGACUAUAAGACAAAUCUAAUUGAAUUUGUCAAGCAAGAGCUGAGCAAGUCCGACAGACCAGAGCUGACAUCUGCCAAGGUUGUUGUAUCCGGAGGACGAGGUAUGAAGUCUGGGGAGAACUUUGAAUUGCUGUACAAACUGUCUGACAAGCUCAAUGCUGCUGUUGGUGCAUCUCGUGCUGCCGUUGAUGCCGGCUACGUGGCCAAUGACCUUCAAGUCGGUCAAACGGGAAAGAUCGUUGCUCCCGAUCUAUACAUCGCGGUGGGCAUUUCCGGAGCCAUCCAGCACUUGGCUGGCAUGAAAGACUCCAAGACAAUUGUUGCCAUAAACAAGGAUCCGGAGGCUCCGAUCUUUCAAGUAGCGGACUAUGGCCUAGUGCAAGACUUAUUCAAGGCAGUGCCAGAGCUGACAGAGAAACUGUAAAUGAAAUUUGCCUUUUUUAAAAAAAAAAA